GGAUGGACGCGGUCGCGGUGCGGAUCGGGUGACCCAUUCCUCUCUCGAACACUGCCUGCGACGGAUCCUUUUUCGCGCACUCCGUUCCACAACCUAUCUAGGAGAGGGAGAACAGCACACACGCUUCUCAAAGAAAAUUAUCCCAUUCCGAAAGCGAAGCCCAUUCAUUGCGCACACGAGAGAGCAAAACGCUGAAGCAUGGGCAAAGUUCUUGGAAAAGUGGAGAGCAAGGAGGACAUCGCCGCCGUGCUCAACUUCAGCAACAACGAGGAGGCCGUCUACCGGAAGGUCCUGCCGCCGGAAGAGAAAUCGGAGCGAAUCAUGAUCAAAAUCAGCGGCCCAUCGAGCAACGCAAUCUCGUGCUCGUCGUCCUGCUCGAGCAGCGCGUCGUCCACGGGGAGCAGCCCUCCGAAGCGGAUCAAACGCAUCAGUCCGAUCGUGCCGGGCGCCUCCAACGAGAACAACGUCAUGGUGGCCAGGCUGAGGCGCAUCAUCAAGGAGCUGACCGCGCUGCAGGCGUCCGUCCACCUGCGCAUCGGGCUCCAGCUCAGGGACAACGACCUCGCCACCUGGGAGGUCGAGAUGUACCACGUUGAUUCCGACUCGGAACUCUGCCAGCAAAUGUACCUGAUGGGCAUGGACCACUUGCUGCUGGAACUGUGUUUCACGAGUGAAUUCCCGUACUCGCCGCCGACCCUGAAAGUGCUGUGCCCUGAGCUGCAUGACCCGAGCCACGAGCUGAUCAAGCGCGGCGGCGGCGUCGACAUGCAGCGACUGGCGCCCGGCUGGACCAGCUACACUUCCGUCGAGUCGCUCUUCAUGCAGUUCGAGGUGCUGCUCGCCAAACUCAGGGUCGAGCUGAAAAGGUCGCCUUCCUGAUCCAGCAUUGCGUGGCAAGAGAGUAUAUUUAUAGAAGAUUUACUCUUACGGAAGGCAUUUGCUCCUUCUGAACGGAGCAAAAGACGCGCGUGCUCUUUGCUUGAUUAAAUUUAUAAUAAAUAUUUUUGCUUGAUUAUUUUGGCCAAGCAGAGAACAGGGGAGAUGGUUUGUAUCUCUCUGCCAUAACAUCGGGUAUUUGAUAGUUCAAACUAGUUAGAUUUAAGUAAGUGUAGAAUUUUGUUAUCCAAACAACACUGGCGUGGUUAUGAAUCAAAUUUAAAUAAUUUAAUUUGAAGAAACAAAUUUGCAAGGGCUUUGAAGCUCCAACCGUUUUUCCUCACCAUUGAUUUUUAUUUAAUAUAUUGGAAACACAAAAAUAAGUUUUCCAGACCUUCCUGCGCACAUAAGAAUUAUAAAUCUUUACGAUUAGGCCAAAUGGGCUAUUUAUAAAAUACUUUGUUCAAUUAAACAAAAGAAAAACUCGACAAUUUUCACUAAGUGACGGAUGUUCUCUAUCUAUCGUAAAUUGCCGAUUUUUAUUUAAAUCUUUUGGUAAAUCUUUGGUAAAAAUAUGAGACACUUUUGAAUAUCAUUUUUUAAAUUUCCAAGUUUUUAUACAAAAGAAGAAAUUAGUAUAAAAAUGAUUUAAUAUUUAAAAAAGCAUCUUUUCGAAUUAAAAUGAAAAAAUUAUUUGGUGUUAAAUCGCAUACAAAUUUUGUUAAUUAAAACCUCUUGCCAGAUCUGCAGACAAAUAUAGAGGCAGGAAAUUCGUUUUCUUCCUGCAAAAAAAUAUUAAUGUGGAUCUCCUUCAGGAAUAAAUAUUUAGUGCCAUAAAAUGACGAUGAUUGUGUUAUAUAAUGAGGAAUAAAAUAUACUUUCUUAUUUUAAUUAA